AUGAGUUGGAGAAUAAAAAAUGAUGGUACAUAUUUAAGUGAUUUAAAAACAAGAUUGGCCGUUGAAAGUCGAAAACAAUGUUCGGAUAUGAAUAAUAAAUAUAAUUCAAAAAGAUUUAAAACACAACCGAAUAUAAAUCUACGGUAUUCUUCAAAAAUUCAGUUUAAUCUAACAACUAUCAUUCCUAAUAUUUACAUUGAAAAGGAUGAAAUUAAAUUUUUUUACAUCGGAAUAAAUGCAUCACAAAAACAAGCUGAUUCAUCAUCUAGCAUCCGAAAUUCUAUUAUGAAUGAAAAAUAUUUGAGUAGUCCAUAUGUAUAUUGUGAGAAAAGAAGUUUGGUUCGAAAUAAAGACGAUGAGAAAGAUUCAAAACGUCAAAGACAACAAUUGCAUAUUACUGGAUGUAUACUGGCUUGUGGGCAAAAUAUAUGUGGACAAAUUGGCAUGAAACCUAACAUUAUUGAACGAAAAAAACCACAACUUGUUCAAUUAUUCAAUGAGGAAAAUGAAAAUAUAGUACAAGUUUGUGCUGGUGCUAUCCAUUCAUGUGCAUUAACUCAAACAGGAAAAGUGUUUACAUGGGGAUGUAAUGAUGAUUCUGCACUGGGACGCUUAACAAUUGAAAUAGAAGAUGAAUUUCAACCGAAACAAAUAGUUUUGCCUGAAGCUAUUUUGCAAAUAGCUGCUGGUGACUCAUUUACUUUUGCACGAGGCAACUCUGGCACAAUUUAUGGUUGUGGUUGUUUUCGAAGUACAGUAGGAAUUCUAGGCUUAUUAUCUCCUAAAAAUGUUGAAAAAUUACCGAUUAUAAUACCGUUCAAUGAGAAAAUUAAAACAAUUGCAUGUGCAGCAGAUUUUUGUCUUUUUUUGACGAAUAAUGGCGAAGUAUAUUCGUUUGGAAACGGAGAAACUGGUCAACUUGGUCGAGAUCAAAAUAAAUCCGAAUAUCUUACAAAUAAUAUCAUUGAAAAUUGGUUAAGACCAAGUAAAAUUCCAACAUUUGAAAAUAAAUUUAUUGAAAAUAUUUGGUGCGGUGGACAUGGAUUUUUUGUAAAAAUAAAAGAGAAAAAUAAAGCACCCUAUAUAAUGGCGUGUGGAGCAAACAGUUUCACUCAACUCGGUAUUGAUACGAAAACACCCGUAUAUGAACCAAUAAAAGUAGACAAUUUUAGUAUGAUUAAAAAUAUUCAAAAAAUAGCGUGUGGUUUACAACACACACUUAUAUUAGAUUAUGAAGGAAAUGUAUUUGGCGUUGGACGCGUAGAUGAUGGUAGAUUAGGCGUUUUAAAUCUCAAACAUAAUAUAUCAAAACCAGUUAAUAUAAAAACAUUAAAAAGUAUUGUUGAUAUCGAUGCAGGUGGUAGUGUAUCUUUUGCAAUUGAUCAGGAAGGAAACGUUUACUCAUUUGGUAUGGGUGAUACCGCUCAAACGGGACACGGAAGCGAAGAUAUAUUUGAGCCAAAACUUAUUGAAGGCAAACAACUAUAUUCAAGAAUUAUUCAUCGUGUGACAGCAGGAGCGCAACAUACCCUCUUUCUGGCAACAUCAAAGUAA